UCGGCGCCUGGCAGCGGGGCGGGUGGGGCGCAGGCUAGGAGCUGCCACCGCCUCAGGGAGGGAAGCCGGGCUGGGCGGCCGCCGCAGGAGAGUGUGCUGGGCAGACGAUGCUGGACACGAUGGAGGCGCCUGGCCAUUCGAGGCAGCUACUGCUGCAGCUCAACAAUCAGCGCACCAAGGGCUUCUUGUGCGACGUGAUCAUCGUGGUGCAGAAUGCCCUCUUCCGCGCGCACAAGAACGUGCUGGCGGCCAGCAGCGCCUACCUCAAGUCCCUGGUGGUGCAUGACAACCUGCUAAACCUGGACCAUGACAUGGUGAGCCCGGCCGUGUUCCGCCUGGUGCUGGACUUCAUCUACACCGGCCGCCUGACUGACAGUGUUGAGGCCGCAGCAGCAGCAGCGGUGGCCCCGGGCGCGGAGCCGAGCCUGGGCGCUGUGCUGGCUGCUGCCAGCUACCUGCAGAUCCCUGACCUCGUGGCUCUGUGCAAGAAGCGCCUCAAACGCCACGGCAAGUACUGCCACCUGCGGGGAGGAGGCAGCGGCGGCGGCGGCUACGCUCCUUACGGGCGGCCCGGCCGGGGCUUGAGGGCUGCCACGCCCGUCAUCCAGGCUUGCUACUCGUCCCCGGCCGGGCCACCGCCGCCGCCUGCCGCCGAGCCGCCGUCGGGCCCCGAUGCAGCCGUCAACACCCACUGCGCUGAGCUAUAUGCUUCAGGCCCGGGCCCAGCAGCCUCACUCUGCGCCCCGGAGCGUCGCUGCUCCCCGCUUUGCGGCCUGGAUCUGUCCAAGAAGAGCCCGCCAGGUUCCUCGGUCCCCGAGCGACCGCUUAGUGAGCGCGAACUGCCUCCACGCCCGGAUAGCCCUCCCGGUGCGGGGCCCGCAGUCUACAAGGAGCCAUCACUCGCCCUGCCCCCGCUGCCGCCUUUGCCCUUCCAAAAGCUGGAGGAGGCCGUACCGACUCCAGACCCGUUUCGAGGAAGCGGUGGCAGUCCGGGACCCGAGCCCCCCGGCCGCCCCGACGGCUCCAGCCUCCUCUACCGCUGGAUGAAGCACGAGCCAGGCCUGGGUAGUUAUGGCGAUGAACUGGUCCGGGAUCGAGGCUCCCCGGGUGAGCGCCUGGAGGAGCGCGGUGGGGAUCCUGCCGCCUCACCCGGGGGCCCCCCGCUGGGCCUGGUACCCCCGCCACGCUACCCCGGGAGCCUGGACGGGCCAGGCACAGGAGCAGACGGCGACGACUAUAAGAGCAGCAGCGAGGAGACCGGUAGCAGCGAAGACCCCAGCCCACCCGGCGGCCACCUGGAGGGCUACCCAUGCCCGCACUUGGCUUAUGGUGAGCCUGAGAGCUUUGGUGACAACCUGUACGUGUGCAUCCCAUGUGGCAAAGGCUUCCCCAGCUCGGAACAGCUGAAUGCACACGUGGAGGCUCACGUAGAGGAAGAAGAGGCGUUAUAUGGCAGGGCAGAGGCUGCUGAGGUGGCUGCUGGGGCCGCCGGCCUUGGGCCCCCCUUUGGUGGCGGUGGGGACAAGGUCACUGGGGCGCCGGGCGGACUAGGAGAGCUGCUGCGGCCAUACCGCUGCGCGUCCUGCGACAAGAGCUACAAGGACCCGGCCACGCUGAGGCAGCACGAGAAGACACACUGGCUGACAAGGCCCUAUCCGUGUACCAUCUGCGGAAAGAAGUUCACGCAACGCGGAACCAUGACACGCCAUAUGCGCAGCCACUUGGGCCUGAAGCCCUUUGCGUGCGACGCGUGCGGCAUGCGCUUCACCCGCCAGUAUCGCCUCACGGAGCACAUGCGCAUCCACUCUGGAGAGAAGCCCUACGAGUGCCAGGUGUGCGGUGGCAAGUUUGCUCAACAGCGCAACCUCAUCAGCCAUAUGAAGAUGCACGCUGUAGGUGGCGCGGCCGGCGCGGCCGGGGCGCUGGCUGGCCUGGGGGGACUACCUGGCGUCCCUGGCCCUGACGGCAAGGGCAAGCUCGACUUCCCUGAGGGUGUCUUUGCUGUGGCCCGCCUCACAGCUGAACAGCUGAGUCUGAAGCAGCAGGACAAGGCAGCUGCUGCCGAGCUGCUGGCGCAGACCACGCACUUCCUGCACGACCCCAAGGUGGCGCUGGAGAGCCUCUACCCGCUGGCUAAAUUCACUGCUGAGCUAGGACUCAGCCCAGACAAGGCGGCAGAGGUGCUGAGCCAGGGUGCGCACUUGGCCGCAGGACCGGACAGCCGAACCAUCGACCGUUUCUCUCCCACCUAGAGCGCCGUCCCUCCUAGGUGCGCCCGGCGCUGCCUGACAGCCCGGGGAUAACUGGUAGCAGCGGCAGCGCCGCAGUGGUGGCCCCACCUUUCUACACCUCACCUGGCCUCACUGUUUAGUGCCUUAGCCUGGGGAAGUCAGUGGGGGAAAACCCCGGGUCGGGGGUGGGAUAGGGGAAGGGAGAUUUAUAUUUUUGAUAUCAGCUUUGACCAAAGGAGAACCCUGCCUCUCCCUGUGGCUCAUUGGCCCUCUCCCCCGGCUCCGUGCUGCUCUUGGGGGAAGGAUGCCAUUAUUCGGACGGACGCUCCCAGCCCUACCUCCGGCCCUUGCGACCACACCCAUUCUCACUGUGAAUCUCCCUGCUGGGGUCGGAGCAUUGGGCACAGUUGGAGAGAGGGGAGGGGACUGAGCCGGCCGGAGGGCCUCCCCGUCCCCUGCUCCUGCCCAGCCCGGGACUGAUAAUGUGAAGUUCCUCAUUUUGCACAAGUGGCACUAGCCCCAGGGCCAACCCUUCCUUUCCUCACCACCAGGGUGGGCAGCUCUGGCGCCAGGGAUGACAACCCUGACCCAUCUGUCUCUGCUUCCGAGGUGUCCCCUCCUCUUCCUGGGGUCCCCGGACCAUAUAUUUAUUGCAUGCGCCCUAGGUGACCCCUAUCCUGAGCCCAACUUUAGCUGGGCUGGAGAGAGGUCUCCUUCCUUGGUUCCCGUUCUGUCCCUUUGUAUAUUCUCUACUCUGUACACAGGCUCUUCCAGAGCCGCUUCCAUUUUCUAUACUCAACCAAACAGCAAUAAAGCAGUAACCAAGGUCCCUAUAAUCCUGUGGCUCUCUUCUGCCCCUGCACCACGGUGGGUGGCAAGGCCCCAACAUAGGUGUACAGGCCCAAACCAGCCGCCCCUCCCCAGUCCCAAAAAAUAGACCAGCAGAGGUCAAUUAUAUUUCAUAACUAAAAAUUUAUUAAGGAAACAAAACCAGGGUUCCAAGUGGGACAGAAAGAAGAAAGGUAUUCUUCCAUUCCCAAUCCCCCAACCCCCAGCCAAUGACCCUCACAGCCAGAGGAGGGGACCUCAAAGGAAGUAGCCUGCCUGCGCCUUACAAUCAAGAGAGCUUCUGAGCUGAGUCCUGGGCACUGUCCUGGGCCUGAGAAGGGCAGAGCACCCUUGGUGAAGCACUGCUCCUCCUGAGGUGGGUUGUGUGAUCCCCUGCUUAGCCUGAGACAGCCUUCUCAAUCCUCCUCUACCUCUUUGCUAGACUGAAGGAAUUCAUUCCUGGUCGGGAGCCUCCAAGUGAGGUUGUAAACAGAGGCAGCAAAAAACAAAAACAAAAAACCUAAAAGAACCAAAACCCUCAAAGGCUAAAGGGCCCCAUGUCCCCUCUUCUGGGUAAAGAAGUACAAUGACAAAGCCAGAAACGGGCUCAACACCCUGGCACCUCUACCUUGGGGUUCAGCUCUCCCAGCUAGGAGACUUCUCAGAGGUGUGACGGGUUGGGAAGGAAGGACAGCUGGGAAGGCUUUAUUUGGUUCCUGUCACAGGUGGUAGGGGUAAGAUUCAGAACGAGAAGUCCCACAAGGAACUGAGGGGAGGAAGUUUAGGGGGUUUGGGGUGAUGAAAGGGGCCAACUAGAAAAGGAAGGCAGCAAAGAAGAGUCUGAGGAAAUUUCCCCAAGAGGGUACUGCAGUGAAAGGAAGGCCAAGGAUGGGAGCAUGUGCUGGUGGAGGGCCACUCAGGACGCACGGGCCCAAGACCAGAUGGCCCUUCCCUUAGGCCCAUGACUGCCCAAAAGGAAAACAAGGGCAAAGUGCAAGAUGUGGACAGGAAGAGAAACAUGUGCACAUGUGCUGUGUGAGUGCGUGCGUGUGUGUUGAAGGGCGAGGGCUGCUGUUGCUGUUACAGACAGAAGUCAGCGUGGGUCCACAGGGCAUCUGGGCCUCAGGGAGAUGGAGACACCUGGGCACCCUUCCUGACAGCUGAAGCCUCUCAGACAUUCAGGACAGAGACUGUGCAGACUGAGGGGUUGAUCAGUUUCCUUGCAUCUAAUGGAAACUUUAGAAUCUCUGCCCCUUACCACUACAGAGUGGCUGGGUCCUCGGGGUGAGUAGGCCUCCCUCCAGCCCUGGGACCAGAUAGAGGGAAAAAGGGUGGGAGCUUGGUGGCCUACUCGGCUUGUCCACCUGUUGUCACUGUAGCCAGUCACCUCCCUGCUAAAUCUUGGCAGCCCAGGAGGGUCCCAGCAGUUUCCGCCUGACCCUUGGGAGGGCUCUGUGAGGAGCGGCUCCCCCACAGCACGGCCACGGCGUGAGGUUGGAAGAGGAUGGUUUAUUGUCUGGGUGGAUUGGUAGCUCAGGCACGUGGACAUCUUCCGUGUUACACUGGGCGCCUGGCGGCCUCUCAGGAAUGGCUCCAUGGGGGUGGGCCCCAGUGUGGUCCCCUCAGCCCACCUGGGCCCACGUAAGGAAGGCUGGGAUGUCCCUCACAGGCACAUUCCUUGUCAGCGCCUUUACACGAAGGUUCCGAUCAUCGGUCAGCAACACCACCUCCCGUAACAGGCGGAUUGGCUCCUCUGUUGGCACAGAAAUCAGAUGGGCUCAGCUGAGGAUAGAAGUGUCAAAUACAAUCUCCUGUCUUGGGGAGAAUGUGGUUGUGGAGGGGCAAGUUCUUUCCAGGCUCAGAGCACCAUUCCCCUGAUGCUUAGAGGGUCAAGCUAGGUAGGAGCUGUGCUGGGGCUAUGAACUCCUCACACGGGACUCUUGUGCCUGGUGCCUGAGAGUACUCAAACUGCAGACCUGUCUUCCAAAGACUCAGAACUAAUAGGAAGCAGACUCCUAACUAUACCCCUGGCCCUAGAUUCCUAUUAACUGCCCUCACCCUCAUUCUAACAAAGUCUCUCCUUCUAAAGGUGGGAUGUGUGUGUUAAUGUUUUAUGUAUCCAAAGGUUAAAAAAUACAAAGGUGAAUAGAAAGUAGGAACAGAUCUUACGAAUGUGGGGGAAGGGGUUAGCUCUGGGAUGCUCUCAGGAGAGGCUUGCUAAAGGGGCCUGUGGCUAUGGUCAAAGGAUCUAUUAAAAGAGUGAUCUGUGAGCAUCUAUCAGUACACAGGGUAACGAGCAGCAGAGGGGACUGUCCUGCAGCUGUCUCAUGCUCCAUGUAGCUCUGUGCCUUCUUGAGUUCCUUACGCACUUUUGUAAAUACACUCACGUACAUAGGCUAGCUUCCUCCGGUAACACUGAGAUCACAUUAGCCACCCCUUCUUUACUCAUAUUUUAUAUACUUACAACAUUUUUCUGUACCAGUACAGAUAGCCUUCAUCUUUUUAGAUAAUUCUUACAGCAGAUUUUUCCUGUGUCUGACUAAUGUACAGGAGAAAACUUAAAAUGGGGCCCAGGAAUCACUCAAGUGACACUCUAGGCCCUGGGCAUGACUGCUUGGGUGGCAGGUCUAUCUCUCAGCCCUGCCCUGGCAUUUCCUGGUGGAGGUCUGGCAGAAAGCAAAGGCACAGGAAAUGUCCUGUGGUGUUUGGGGAUGGCUAGGGUUGGCGGGCUGGGGGAUUGCAAACAUCCAUGUCUGACCUGAGUAAUGCUGGCCUUGCCAGCUCCAGGCAGGGAGGCUGAGAGUUGGCUUUCAGCCUAGGGAGGAAUCUGGGGAUGAAGAGGGAGAGGCUCAGGGGGCUGAUGGUGGUGAGGAAAGGGAGAAGAGGACGACAGACAGGGCUGUGUGUAGAGGGUGAAGAACACGCCUCGUGAUUAAGGGAGGUCUAAGAGCCUUCCUUCUGUUGCCUGGGCCUGGAAUGUGAGUGUGUGGUGGGGUAGUGGUGUGGGGUGCUACAUGGGGUUCCCAGCUGUUGUCUGAGUCUGUCUGCAACUCCACCAUUCCUGCUCUGGGCUUCACACCAGAAGAGUCCUAGGCCUUAGGUCAGCCAACAAAGGCCCAGCAUUGCUGGCAGGGGUCUGCAGGGGUUUCUGUGGAUACUUUGAGACAUUUUUAACAAUAAACAUCCUCUGUUUUGA